GGACGCUCCAUGCGUCCGUAAAUUUCGAUCCACUCACGGGAGUAGGCAAAACAACAACACUAGAGAUACUGGCUAAAAGAUAAUAUACUGUGUGACUUUCGGUUAAAGGCAUCUGUUCUGGAAAAAUACUAAAAAGAAAGAUCCUCGCAAAAGUGCUGAAAAGUGAAGAAGGCAGAGGAAAACCCAUUGUAAAUUCUUAAUUGUAACUGCCACCAAAAUGGGCCAGAGCAGUAAAUCUGGAGCUGGCGGUGGAGGUGGAGGAGGAGGCGUCGUCUGUCCCUCGACGGCAAUCACUGGCUGUGCCUCCGGAACCGCACUAAUUCAACUGGAUGCAUCGGGACAAGGAGCCGGCGGUGCUGGAGAAUCGGAGCAUGAACGUGGCACCUGGACGGGUCGCUUCGACUUCCUACUAUCUCUUCUGGGAUAUUCAGUGGGCCUGGGAAAUGUGUGGCGCUUUCCCUACCUGUGCUACAACAACGGAGGAGGAGCCUUUCUCAUCCCCUUCACCAUAAUGCUGGUGAUUGCCGGACUUCCGCUUAUGUUUAUGGAACUUUCCUUCGGCCAAUAUGCUGCCCUGGGUCCCGUGGCCGUUUAUCGCCGGUUCUGCCCGCUCUUCAGAGGACUGGGAACCGGCAUGAUCCUGGUAUCCGCCAUAGUGAUGCUCUACUACAACCUGAUCAUCGCCUGGACCAUCUUCUACAUGUUCGCCUCGUUUGCCCCGGUGCUUCCGUGGCAGAAUUGCGAACCCGCUUGGAGCACAAAGUAUUGCUUCUCGUACGCCCAGGCGGAUCAGUGCGAGGCCACCAAUGGCACCUACUACCUUCGCACCUGCCACAAUGCCACCUCCGCGGCGGAGAACAACAUCACGGCAUUGGCCCUCGUCGCCCUGAAGCGGCCACCCGCCGAGGAGUACUUCAACAACUUUGUGCUCGGACUGUCCAAGGGCAUCGAGGAGACGGGCAGCAUUAAGCUGUCACUGGCUGCCUGCCUUUUCCUGGCCUGGGCGAUUGUGUUCCUCUGCCUGUGCAAGGGAGUCCAGUCCUCCGGCAAGGUGGUCUACUUCACGGCCCUCUUUCCCUACGUCGUCCUGGUAAUACUCUUUGUGCGAGGUGUCACACUGCCGGGUGCCAGCACGGGAAUUCUCUUCUAUCUGACGCCCGAUUGGAAGCAGCUGGCCAAUGCCCAGGUUUGGGGCGAUGCUGCGGUGCAGAUAUUCUUUGCACUGAGCCCGGCCUGGGGAGGUUUAAUCACGCUCUCGUCCUACAACAAAUUCUCCAACAAUUGCUACAAGGACUCUCUCAUCGUGGCCUUCUGCAACAUAGCCACCUCGUUCUUCGCCGGCCUGGUGAUCUUCUCCAUCAUUGGCUUCCUGGCCCACGAACUGAACGUCGAUGUGGAGAAGGUAGUGGACCAGGGCGCCGGUCUGGCCUUUAUUGUCUAUCCGGAGGUGGUCACCCGACUGCCCGUCUCGCCCGUGUGGGCCGUUCUGUUCUUCGUGAUGCUCCUGACCUUAGGACUGGACUCGCAGUUUGCCCUGAUGGAGACGGUGACCACGGCCAUUUUGGACCGGUUCCCCAACCUGAGGCAGUACAAGAUCUGGGUGGUCCUCUCGGUAGCCAUUUUCGGCUACAUCGGCGGCCUGGGCUUCACCACUAAUGCCGGCAUGUACUGGUUGCAACUGAUGGACAAAUAUGCCGCCAAUUGGUCGGUUCUGCUGAUCGCCAUCUCAGAGUGCAUUCUAAUUGCCUGGAUUUAUGGAUCUCAGCGGUUCCUGAAUGACAUUCAGGGCAUGAUUGGCAAGCGGUCGUGGUUCUGGAACUUUUUCUGGAGCAUCAUGUGGCGCUAUAUCACCCCAGCCACCCUCCUGUUCAUUCUGUUCUUCAACUGGGUGGAAUACAAGCCGGCCAAGUACGGCCACUAUGUCUAUCCCAUGUGGGCGGAUGCCGUGGGCUGGAUCGUGGGUCUGCUGCCCGUGCUGGUAAUAUUUUUGGUGGCCUUCCAGGAGAUCUGGCGGGCGCCUAAGAACCUCAGCUUCCGGGAGCGCAUCAAGCACCUGCUGCAGCCCACCGCCGAGUGGGGACCGGCUGGAAGACCCUGCGUCAAUCUGCAUGCCGAGCGUUACCAGAGCCAGAAUUACGAUGGGGUGACCAACACCAAGAUCCUCAUCGAGGCCGAUGCCUCACCGAAGCACAAGAAGGACAAACAAUUGACCCUGGACGUGGAUGUGGAUGUCGAGUGCCUGCCACUGGCAACUGUGGGCAAGCCAAGACCGAUUAAUGCCAAAACAAUGGGCAAACAGGGCAGCAGCAGCAAUCUGCAGACAAGUGCCAAGAACGGUGGCACUCACAAGUCGCCAACAACCGAAAUUAGUCCCAGCAAGCAGCCGCUUAUUCCGGCUGAAAAGGAUAACAAAUCGGCCACCACAAAAGUCCUGGCUGCAGGAACCCAGAACAGCGGACGUGAGUGCACCACAAUGUCCACCUUUGCGGGCGGCGGGGAAAAGAAUCCGAUGAAGGUCAAUUCGGCGAUAGUAGCAACAACUAUUGCAGGUACGCCGGCAACUAGCAACACGACUGUUGUCAUCAAAUCAUCGUCACCAGUCAGUGUGGCACCAACAACUUUAGGAGCAACAGUUUCUGCUGCUGCGACGAAUGGAAAAACAACAAUAGCUGCUGUCAAGACUCCACUUAAUACGACAAUAUCAUCAAGUACUGUUGCUGCCAUCAAAACAACGCCACCAGCUAAUGUUGCACUUACAACAGCAACAGUUGCUGGUUUAAAAACCACUCCAGGAGCUCCAGCUAAAGUUUCGCAAAUGGAUAAAUCAGUUCCACUCAAAACGACAAUAUCAACAAGUGUUGCUGCAGCCUCAAAUGUUACCGCUCCCCUUAAGGCUCCACUCAAAACGACAAUAUCAUCAGCUGUUGGUGUGGCAGCUGCAACCAAAGACGCGACAACCGCAAAUAUUGCUCCCGUAAAAAUAACACAAGCAGUAAAAAUCACACCAGUUGCUGCUGCCCAGCCAGCCAAGUCUACAACGGCAUCGGUGACGAAGGCAAAUAUUGACUCUGGCAGCAAGCCAACGGCUCCUUUAUCCACUUUUAAGUCGGAUGGCAAACAACCAGCAACCGCCACUGGGACAACAGCAACAGUUAGUGUUGCUGUGACAAACGGCAAAGUCACACCGAGUGCAGGAGGCUCGACAGCAGCAAUAAAUAUCACAGCAAUUGGACAGCCAGCAGUUAACCAAAAGCAGGCAGCAGCAGCAGCAUCAAAGACGCAGGCGGCCACUGCAACAUCUGCUAAAACUGCCUCGAACACAAAGCCAAUCGAACACACCACUUCGACCAGUGGCAAGGUAGCAACAUCGGCAGAUAAUCCAUCGACCGCAAAGGGCGCGGCCAGCAGCACCAUGUCAGCAAAGUCGGCGAAAGGUGGCAAAACAAAACCAAGCGAUACCAGCCCUACAAAGUCAACAGUGAAAGCCAUUAAGCCAGGCUCAACCAGCCCCACUAAGGCUGCAACAUCUACAAAACCAGGAGCGACUGCAACAGCAACAGGAAGCAGCAGCAGCAAGAAGGCAGCAACAUCGGGCAGCCAGGCCAAAACGAAAGGCAAUGCAUCAGCAACAGCAACUAAGAAGUAAUAAGACCUAGGAUCCCACCCCAUGUAGGAUCUAUU